AUGUCUAUACGAGGAAAGGACAGCGCCAAGGACAGCGGCAAGGACAGCAGCAAGGCUGCCAGUCAGCGUCUUUAUAACGUGGGUGUCAUAGGCAAGUCCGGCAACGGCAAGUCCAGUUUCAUUAAUGCCUAUUUUAGUUUACCACACAAGGAGGAAUACGCAGCCAGGACUGACGUGGUGGAGUGUACGUCUGGAACCCACCCCUAUCACCUACCCGGAUCGGAUGUUGUGCUGUGGGAUGUACCCGGAUAUGACACCCAAAACGUCCCAUAUGGACCAGAAUACCUGAAGAAGAUUAACUUUAAAAGUUACGAUUUCUAUGUGCAUGUGUCGUGUACCAAAAUUGAGGAGACGGAACUUCUUCUUCACAGUGCUAUUGCGAAACAGGGGAAACGCUAUUUCUAUGUCAGGACGAAGAUCGACCGUGACCUAAAAAAUCAGAAAAAGGCACACCCAAGAACAUUCAAUGAAGAUAAUGAAAAAGAAGCUAUCCUGAAGAAGAUCGAGGACUGUUUCCCUGAUGUGCCAGUCUUCCUGGUCAGCUGUAGGGAGCCCGAGGGCCACGACCUACCAACCCUCAGGAGUCUUGUGGCGGAUGGCGCCAACUUCUCCCUAAAGUCUCACAGAGACAUCGUCAAACGAAAGCUUCACGCAACUGGUCGAGCAACAAAACCUUUUCUUGAAAAGUUCUGUGUGCUGCUGUAA